GGAAUUUUCAAGAAUUUGACUGAGCAUAUUUCUGUUGGAUUUUAGUAAUUCAUCUAGAUGAAUUAUUCCGACAGCCUCAAUAAUAAGUUACAAUUGUGGCAUAUUUCUACGAAUACAAAAAUAAUUAAUAUUCAAAAACAUAUCACAGGUUUGUUGACUUUGCUGUUUCAACUUUUGCUUAUGCGCAGCUAUCGUUAAUUCUACGACUUGCAUACAUUAAUAUAAACAAUCCGGUUAAAGUUUUGUGGUUAAAGAACAGAAAUGGAUGACAGUGUUUCUGCAAAAGUAGCAAAAACAGUAUUAUUCGUAAGCUCCGGGGUAGCGUUAGGAGGUUGUGCGUACGCAGUUUACAGAUAUUGGAAGAAAAGGGAGUCCAAGUGUAUCGAUGAAGGCUUUGAGGAUGUUUCUAGGUUGGAGGAGGAGAACUCAGAGAAAAGAGUUUUGGUUCUCGGCCUGGAAGGCGCUGGCAAGAGUACAAUCCUCGCACAGCUGACGUCAGAUGACCACAUGCCUGCGAACGACAUCAAGCCGACGGAGGGCUUCAAAGUCACUUCUCUGAGUAAUGGCGCCAUGUCCCUCAACAUUUGGGAAAUUGGCGGGCGGGAGAGCGUGCGGCGCUACUGGGGCAACUUCCUCCAGGACACGGACCUGCUGGUGUUCGUGGUGGAUGCUGCGGACGCCCACAACCUGUCGCGCGACGUCAAGGAGGUGAAGACGCUGCUGGGCGACGAGAGGCUCGCCGGCGUGCCCAUGCUCGUCGUGGCCAACAAGCAGGACAAAACCAACGCCCUCUCCCCGCAAGAAGUCGCAGAUGCACUCGACCUGAACAGCAUUGCUCCCUCAAGACACCGCGUGUGCACCCUGGGAGCACAGACUGUACCGGGCGCUGCGAAGAGCGACCCUUCCAUCUCGGAGUUCGAGCGUGUGCUGUUCGACAUGUGCUCUGAGAAGUAGCGCAGUGCUUCGCUGCUUGCGCAAAUAUUUGCGUAGGCAAACAGACUCGCUAGCCUUUGCCACUGGGAUCCCGAGUAAGAUCACUAGCUUCAUUUCGUGAGUGCAGUGGCUCAUUCAAGAUUCUGCAAUUUCGAUGGAAUUCUUGGUAACCAUUUUGUACCCUUGUCAUCUUCUAUUGGCAACAUCCCUGCUAUUGCUUGCAUCACUGCACACUCGUAGAGCAUGGCAAGGUGCAGAAAAUUGUGUAUUAAUAUUUUUCACAGAUUACUUUUUGGAACUUAUCCUUACUUAACAUUUAUUUUUGUUACUUAAACGUUAAUAUCAGAGAGUGUUAAUCAGCGGCCAUAACAGAGCUUCAUCUUAACAAGCUUCUGUUCCUUUUCUUCAUUUUUUAGUAAAUGGUAAUUGACUGUUGUAAUGUUCACAGGAUGAAAGAGUGGGACAAAUGUGUUUCUUUAGUUUUUUCAAACAAGCUGUACAUGUUGUAAGUUACAGUCAAUACUGUGAAAAUGUUAUGCUUGUUUAUUGUACUUAUUUUCCAUUUAGUUUUGUAAGGUGAUUUAAUGGUAAAUUAUAUAUAUAUAUUUUUAACAUAAUUACAACAUGAAUUAAAAUAUUAAUUUAGCUUUUUUUCUACUGUAGGUGAUUCUGUCACUUCCAUUCUCAGACACUUAAAAAAUGUUUUUGGCAAAAUAAAUAGAUCAAUCAAUUUGGUGAACAGCAGUUCAAAGAAAAAGCUAUUGAAAGUGCCAACUCUCUUUCUCUCUCAUUGCCUGUCCUACUACAGGUUACCAUAUUGAAGCUACAAAAGAUCUAAGUGCUUAUUAUUAUAUAUCAUAGUGAUUCAUAGUACCUUGGCAUGACUCACAUGCAUAGUUAGUUAGCUUGGUUCUACAAAUUAAGUAGGUACGCAUAAUUUUGAUUUUUUUUUAAAAUUCAACUUCCUUUGCUCUCUUGGGAUUCUCACUCUAAAUUAUUCCAUAGCUUGAAACAUUGUAUGAUAGUCAGUUCACUUGAUAAGUUGACAGUUUAUUUUUUAUUGAUUGUGAAUAGAGUACAGAACACCAAUGCUGACCACCGAUAUAGGUACGGUACGUCUUUCUUGUCAUUAUUUUUUUUUUCUGUGCAUUCUUUCUUACGUCAUUGGUUAUCUGUGUGCUAAAUCCCAGUUCAGGUCCACAUGAGGAUUUCUAAGGUAUGCUCCCACAUACACUCCCAUUUGCAAUGCUAACAAGUUUGGUUUUGAAUUAGCAAUUAUCUAAUUUUCUAUCUCUUUUCAAUAUAGUUUCAUAAAAAAAAAAAAAAUCUGCUUACAAGGGAAUAGUCAGGGAGAAGCAGGUUGGGGCCAUAUGGUCCCUCUUAGAACCAGAUUUUUUUUUUUUGUUAUUAAUGCACCUCAUUAACCCGCCUAAAACAACUAAGUAUUGCUCAAUUCAUGGCCACUGAAUAUGCAAAAUUAGAGAGUAGCCUUCUCAUCUCUUUAAACACGUGUUAUGACAUGCUCAUAAGCAGUGGUGUGUAAGGAUCUACCUAUCAUAAAUAUAAAUUUUUAAUCAAAGAAUGUCAUGUUUUAAAAAGUACUUAGGGUCCUCAGAUAACCUAAAAACGGGGUUUCAAACAUUAUCUUUUCUAAAAAAUUUCCAAAUAUUACAUGCUGCUCAGAAACAGGCCCUCGCUUCCACAAAUCCUGGCUAUACCCAUGACGGCUCAUUCUAUAGAAUUAUAUCAUUAGAAUAAAAUAUAAAUAUAAAUAUAAAAUAGCAUGAACAUGAUAUGUUCCUGACCCUAGAUAUUCAUAGGUAUUUUUCCUGUUAGUUUUCUCAUAUACAUCCUGAUUUUUCCCAGGGCUGUAGUCUGUAUGAAAUUAGUAAGCAAAAUUAUCUACAUGAUAUUAAAUUUACAGAAUAUUAAUUAAUGUAUUAUGUGUAUGUUUUUGAUUACAUAAGAUGAUGCAGCUGAAGAAGGCCAUCUUUAUGAUAUUUAGGUAAUACAUAUUUAUUGCCUAUCGUAUUAAGGAUUUUUUUGCACUUAAUGUAUUUUGAUAACUAAUGUUUGCCGUGUUUUCUUUGGUUUAACAAUGUGAAGUGAUCUCAGACUUUACCUGCACAGUCAACUUGCACAAUGCAACACGGUGAAUGGUUUGGUAUCUUAAGGGGCAUUAGGCUGCCCUGCCAUCUUGGAUUUUCAAAUAUUUGCCGCAGCUAGCAACAUAGCUUCUAUAUUGUAUAUUUUGGCCCGACAGGGCUUAGGACUUAGUUUUGGACACAUGUAUGUUGAUUGUUGAUAUCUAAAUAUUUGGUUUAAUUUUUGUCCGUCGUAAGAAUGCUCAGUUGUGUAGAAUGGAGAAAACAAGGAACAGGUAUUUCAAACAUUGUCAGUUGACUGAAAAUGUGCUUUCAAUAUGGUAAAUGUAGUAGGUGAUAACAUAUCUUCACAGAACUUUGAUGUCUUUCUAAAACCAAGAAUACCUAAUUCAGUGGUGUGGCUAUGUAUUUCAUUUUGCAAAAGUGGAUGAAUCCAGAGUUUUGUGUUUUAUCUGUUGUGGUGGUAUUCCAGUAUAUCUAGUACUAAUUAUUCAUCUAUGUACAGUAACCAAUUAUGUCAAUAAAAACAAUAAAUACCUAAUUUUUGAAAAUACUUGGUUUAUAAUAUUUUAACUAUUAUAAUAAAUUUUAAUUCAGUCAAUCUACAAUAUGUUGUAAGUUGAGUAAAUGUUAUUCAUACUUUAUUUCACUUUGUGAUAAUGCUAUAUCAAAAGCUGUUGCAUUGAGCUAUAGGUAUUAUAAACUUUAAACACAAUUUGAAUUAACUAAAAUUAUCUCUGAUUAAAAAGUAUUAUAAAUAAUCAUCUCAUUUUUUGUGCAGUAAAAAUUGAAUUCUUGUUAAUUUAAGGAAUAAUAUCAAGUUGCCUACCUGAUUGCAUGUAGUAUUCAUUAAACUGUCAUACUGUAGGUAUUGGGACACCAAACUUUUUAUUUUACUUGCCUGGCAUUUCACUUUGCAACUAGAAUAAUUAAUGCCUUUCUUUAUCCCCAUCUUUCCAAAUCUUCCUGUUUGGCUUUACUUUAUGAAUGAGAUCUUUACAGUAAAAAUAAAUGCAGGUACUAAAGUAUGAACUCUUGUGAAUUUUAAUCAGGGUGUCUACAAGUAUGGUAAUUGUUAUAUAUAAUAAGCAAAUUAAACAAUAUACAUGUGUUAAGGACAGUGACCAACUAUUUAUAUUAUUUAAUGUGCGACUAAACAAUAGUAGGCAUCCAAAAUCAAAAUGCAAGUUAGCGACUCCCUGCACAUUAAUAUUUCAUGACCAGCCCUUCAGUUUUGUGAAGUCAUGUCGACCUAAUUUUCAUCCAUUAACCUCCUAGCGUAACUCUGGCUGUGCUAUGUCCAAGAAUCAUGAGCCUGUGAAAAAUUAAUGUUUGCCAGCACAAAUAUACAUGGUAGAACAUUAACACUCUAAAACGUUUAUAAGGGUACAGUAAAAAAAUUUUUAAACAUAAAAUUUUAUUAAAAGAUAUUUUUUUAAAUCUUAUUAAUACAGACAAGGCAUCAGAAACUUAAUACCUACAGUAUUAUGCAUUGCUAGAUUUUUACUAUGAGUAACUGCUACAUUUAAAUGUCUAAAACCAUUAAGAUAAUAUAUUUUAUUUUCACGUAGCCACUGUGUACAGAAACUUAAAAUUGACUAGUUUCCUGUUGAAACACGAUUUUUACAUUUUUACUCUUGAAGGGUGCCCCAGCAAAAGGUUUUUAAGUUUUGAAUGCUAUUAUAUUUUGUGUUGUUUGCAUGUUGUUUAAUAAGUACUAGUACGAUGUAAAAGAAGGCACAUAUUCACACCUUAAUUGUGCCAAACAAAGUUGAUUGAAAUAAAAAUUUAACUUUCUUUCAAGAAAUGGUACCUGAGACAUUUUGAUGUGGCACUCUUCAAUUUGAAAAUUAGUCUGUUUUUAUAAGUUGUCCAUGCCGAAUUAACAUGGUCUUUAGUAACAAGUUAAAUAGGUGACUGGUUAUUCAAGCAUUUAAGUAGGUAUUACAUAACUUCAUCCAUUUUAACUAUCAUGCUAAUUUGAAGUUAAAAGCAGGAAAUAUUAUAAUACAAAAUGUUGUACUUGGUAAACAUGUAUCUUUAUCUUAAUGUCAAAAUGAAGGAUAACUGUAAUAUGAUUUUAUUAGCACAAGUAUGUUAUAAACAGUAACUGUAUGUAAAGGGGGUAUUAUUAACAAUUGGGUCAGGUAAAACAUUUUGUUUAAUAGUGUAAAUUUAUUAUCAAAUGUACUUAUAUCAAGAGGGUAAUCAGCAUAGCAUUGAUCAGGUAUAUGUAUGGUUUUUAAUGAAUGGUUUUUAAUAUCUUGCUUCUACCACAUAUUGCAUAAUAUUACUGGAUUUUUCAAAAUACCUAUUAAACUGCCCAACACUGGCUGCUGAUUCAAAAGUAAUGCAUACAUGUUUUAAAUGGCCAUUACAAGUUUUUUUUCUUUUUUUUUAAAUUUAUAAACUGAUGUUUGGAGAAAUAAACUAAAUAAUUUUUUUUCCCCAUCCUAAUAUCUUAAUAUUGUGAGUUUUGGUUUUCUGCAAGAUUUUACAUGUAUUUAAUUGCAUACAAGCUAAGAAUGGAAAAUACCACAAUGGUUGCAAAAUGCAUAUAGCCUUCAGUGAGAUAUACUCAUUUUACGCUGAAAACAUUUGCAAGUCUGUUCCGUUCCUGUGUGCACCGACGAUGUACUUCUUAGUGUCAAUUAUACUUUAAUUUUAUAUAUUUUUUACAUGUUAAUUUUUGAGAAGUUUUUUUUGAAGUCUUCAUACCUAGCACAGAUAUGUAUCUGAAUGCUUUAUUAAAGUGAACAAAAAUGUAUGUGUGUAUAAGUUUUAAAGUUAUUUUAAGUGAAAAUGUAUAUAAUGAAGAGAAAAUAAAAAUUAAUAUUCAU